CAGAUCUCAACUCUGUGGUUCUGUCUCCGUAAUCGCCCCAUUAGGCCCAGCAUCGAUAUACACAUAUUAUAUAAAAUGCGGCAUCUGUUGCUGUUGUUCGUACUCUACCUGGCUCUGUCGCUGGCCAAACCGGCCACGGAGGCGCCUCGCCUGCUCAUCGACUCUGCCCCCUCGGUGGUGUCCUACCAGGGCUCCUCCCAAACGCACACACGCUUCGUCAUUGCGCCUAUGGGCAGGGCCCUGGGCUACGUGGAGCCCACGAAUCUCAAUCGGACGUUCCACACGAAGCCCACGACUCGGGAGGAGGGCUCUGGCUAUGAUCUGCUCAAUCUGAGUCCAGUUUAUGUGCCGCAUAAUUGAUUAGGUUGCAUUAUAGAUUGUACGCUUAGAAAUAUCUAGUUGAAUUCAAGUAAAUAUAUGCCGGCGAUGCCUAAAACAA